AUGGGUGUCGGGGUCGAGAGGAGUGACGGUAUCGGGAAGGAGAAGAGCGUCGGGAACGAGAGGAGUGACGGUAGGGCGAGGGAGAAGUGUAUCGGUAACGAGAGGAAUGACGGCGUCGGGAAGAGGAGGAGUGUCAGGAACGAGAGAAGCGAUGGUAUCGGGAAGAGGAAGAGUGUCGGGAGCGAGAAGAGUGACGGUAUCGGGAAAGAGAAGGGUGUCGGUGGCGAGAUGAAUGACGGUGUAGGGAAGAGGAAGAGUGUCAGAAAGUGGAAGAAUGUCGGGGACGAAAGGAGCGACGGUAUUGGGGGGGGAGGGCGUCGGGAACGAGAUGACCUUGGUCUGGAAAAAUGGGUCGGGUACUGA